AUGCUAGUGCACAUAUGCCUUAAUAAGUUGCCCCUGGAGUUAAAGGCUCGUUUUGAGCGGCGUUACGGUGGUGAUAGUGAUCGACUGCCCCAGUUUGAUCAGAUCAUCACUUUUUUAGAGGAUGAGUGCCGCCACCAUGAUAAUGUAGGUGAUUCAGCAUUAGUAGAUUCUGCCCCAACUUCCCGUACGUUUGAACGAAGACCUAAAUACUCGCAUAACCAGCAAUCUAACCACCCGCGUAGGGCCUAUGUUUCCCAGCAUGAUGAUCUUGCUUCACAACUAGCCCGCAAGAAUAUAAAUUGGGUAUUUGACCCACCGGCCUGUUCUCACUGGGGAGGAUUGUUUGAAGUAGCCGUUAAGUCUGCCAAGACGCACCUUAAACGAGUAAUCGGUGAAAAUCCCCUUACCUUUGAGGAAUUGACCACUGUAUUUGCAAAAAUUGAGUCUGUACUUAACUCUCGGUCUUUGUGUUCCUUAUCUCAAGAUCCCAAUGAUCUUGAAGUGUUAACCCCUGGUCACUUUCUCAUUGGUCAACCCCUUACUGCGUUACCCGAGUACCCAUUGAGAGACGAGAAGCAGCAUCGCAUUUCACGCUUUCACUUAUUGCAACAGAUUACUCAACAUUUUUGGUCGCGGUGGCAUUCAGAGUACCUAUCAACCCUUCAAACUCGUAAUAAGUGGACUUCUCCUAUGAAUCCUCCUAAUGUUGAUGAAUUGGUUUUGAUAAAGGAUGACAACCUCCCUCCUUUGGAGUGGCGCCGCGGACGUAUAGUACAGUUAUUUCCUGGUCAAGACGGUGUAAUUCGAGUGGUCGAGGUCAAAACCUCUACUGGUUCCUUAAAACGUUCUCUUACAAAACUGGUACGCCUCGGCACAUGA